CUCGUCACCGUGGUCGAGCCCGAGACCAACCGCACGUUGCUUUGCAUGCUACGACGCCGAUUCAAGCUAGGGGACGGUCAGGAGCGAUGCCUGUGCCUGCCCCUGGACCACCCCAUCGACGUGCUGCGAGGCGAGGGCCUCGACGAGACGGAGGACCUCUCCGACAUCGGCGACGACGAGCUCGCCGCCAUAUUACCCGACAUGUCGAUGGAGCUCGCUAAGAAGGGGAUGCUGCUCCAACGCAGUGCGUUCUGCAUGACCGUGCGCGGCGCCGUGCGGUUCAACGAGACCGACACGCUGGUCAUGGACACCGGCGGGGACGAAGAAUCCGAGGGCGUCGAGGUUGCCACGUUCCAAUCGGGAGGCAGCAAGUACCUCGUCUACGCCCCGAUGAACCCGGUGCUCCUGGUCACCAAGGAGGACCCGGGCACGGGGGAGCACACGGUGAUGUUCGACGAGGAGAUGGACGACGACGUGCUCGAGGAGAACAUGGCCGCCGUCGAGGAGGAG